GGGGUGCCUCUUCCGUAGCGCUCUGAGAAGCGAUCUCAGUCAUCCGGGGCCGUCCGGCCCUCUCCUCCCUGAUCUGCUUAACCUGCUUUUAACUCUUGCAGAACCUGCGAGGGUUGGCAGAAAAAGCGAGCGCCCUGCUUCGCCCCUCCAUCGCUCUGCGCGUCUGUGUCAAAUAGGCGUUAAUGGGGCUGACUUGUAGCGUCCUGCAGCGUUAAGUUUUGAUAGAAGCUUGUCUCUGAAGGACUGGAAAGGAAUAAAGAACGUAAUGACUACUUUGGAUGAUAAACUGCUUGGUGAGAAGCUCCAGUAUUAUUACAGCAGUAGUGAGGGUGAGGAUGAAGACAGUGAGAAGGAAGAUGAAGAAGGGGAGAGCACCAUUCCUGAAAGCGUUGGGGAAGUAGAGCUUAGCAGUGAUGGCAGUGCAGUCAACACAGGUCCCAAAGGAGUCAUUAAUGACUGGCGAAGAUUUAAACAACUGGAAACCGAACAGCGGCAGGAGCAGCGCAGAGAAAUGGAACGACUCAUAAAAAAGUUAUCUAUGACCUGUAGAUCUCACUUAGAUGAAGAGACUGAUAAGCAGAAGCAGAAAGAGCUUCAGGAAAAAAUCAAUGGAAAGAUGACGUUACAAGAAUAUAACAUGAUUCACAAUGAUGAAGAUGAUGAGGAAUUUUUGCAGCGGUACAGGAAGCAGCGAAUGGAGGAGAUGAGACAGCAGUUGUACAGUGGGCAGCAAUUUAAACAGGUUUUUGAGAUUACCAGUGGAGAAGCGUUUUUGGACACAGUUGAUAAGGAGCAUAAGAGCACACUGAUCAUGAUCCAUAUUUAUGAAGAUGAUAUCCCCGGCACCGAAUCCCUGAACGGCUGUAUGAUCUGCCUGGCUGCUGAGUAUCCAACAGUUAAAUUUUGCAGAGUAAAGAGUUCGCUCAUCGGUGCUAGCACUCGCUUUACUAAUAAUGCUCUGCCAGCUUUGCUGAUCUAUAAGGCAGGUGAGCUCAUUGGCAAUUUUGUGCGAAUCACUGACCAGCUUGGAGAAGAUUUUUUUGCUGUAGACCUGGAGGCUUUUCUGCAGGAGUGCGGAUUGCUUCCAGAAAAAGACCUAGUGCUCCUGACUUCUAUACAUAAUCCAUCUGCAUGUUACAGUGAAGACAGUGAUCUGGAAAUAGACUGAAUCACUUGUACCAAGGGCCAGUAGGUGUAGUUGUACUGUGGGAUGUUCUUGUGCUAGGGGUUGUUCUCUUUCUUCCGUAGCAUGGGUACGUAUUCUUCCCCUUCAUGCACUUAGACUUUUGCUCGUUAAAAAUUUGUUAACAUAAGGAAUUCCUAACAUUUUCUUAAAUUAAUUCAAUAAAGUACGCACUGAAACAGU